AUGGGCUGUUCGGGUUUCUCGACGCCCAGGCUGAUGUCUGCCACCUUUCUUUUUACAAUACUACUGCUCGGGAAUAUUGAGACUAUAUCAGCGAGGAAGCACGAGCCAAAGAAUCUUCGGCUUGGAGGCACAGCUGUAGACGACACUUUAGAAGCAAAACAAAUAUCAGACCUUCCAUCGAGAGCCACAAACACGACUGUCCGAGAGUUGGACGCCACAGGCCUCCCAUCGGUGAAUGAGAGUAUCAAUACAGAGGAUCGGUUUGCGGGUGGAAAGGGUCUUGCAGCUGAGGACAAUAAUGCUACAGAAAUUCAAGAGAGCCUUUCCCCUGAACUCAACGAUGUUGAUGGCGAAGGCAAGGACGAAGAGCUAGAGGAGCUUCCGCCUUUGGAAGAACUCCCGCCUCUAGAAGAGCUUCCGCCGCUGGAUAGUGAAGCCGAUGAGGAAGAGGAAGAUGCGAAUGCUGAUGAAGUGUCAUCAAAUGGCACUGACUCUACAGCCGAAGAUGUCAACGAGGACGAGGAUGACACGGAUAGCGACGAAGAUGAAUCGGCUGUUGACGAGAUCCCAUUUGUGGAAACACAGAAUGUUCAUGUAGAGGGCCUUCCAUUUGGGGAUAUCAAUGUGUUGGUUGUGACAGACGUUCACUCGCACAUUGGAGGGCACAAGCAUGAAAGAAACCGGGAUGCCGAUUAUGGAGACAUCCUCUCGUUUUAUCAGCACCUCAAGCACUUCUGUGAUGAAAAUGGUCAUGAUUUCUGGUUCAUCAACAAUGGAAAUUGGAAGGAUGGAACAGGUCUGGCAAUGGGUGGAAAUGCGUCGAGUCUCGUACCUCUGCUGAACCAAAUGCCAUGGGAUGCCAUUAAUAUUGGAGAACAUGAACUAUAUCAUCAAAAAACAGUUGAGUUGAUGCAAGAGUCGAUGAUUCCUAAUUUUUCGCAUCAAUUUGUUUCGUCCAACGUUCAUCUUGUGUCUAAAGAUGGAAAAAAGCAUAUGGUCAAGAAUUAUAUUAUAUUGAAGGGAAAGAAACAUAGGGUGCUUGUCUUUGGCUUCCUCCACGAUCUACAUCUUCCAAAUCCAAGAUUGAACAUUCAAAGUGUUGAGAAAGCGGUCAAUGAAGUGUGGUUCGAGACUGCGCUGCGUGAGGAAACAUACGAUGCUAUCAUGGUAUUGGCACAAAUUGAUGCUGAAGACCGUUUGAUCAACGUUAUCAAUGAUAAAAUCAGAGCUUUGGAUAUUGGACUUGACAUUCCUGUACAGUUCAUCGCCGGACACACACAGAAGAGACAGCACAAAAGAGUCGACCAAUGGAGCCACUCGUUCCAAGCAGGAGCAAACUUAGAUACAAUUGGUUUUGUCUCCUUCCCAGUGAAUGCGACCGCAAAAGCAAAGCCAAAGGAUGCUGAAAAACUUUUUGAAUAUGCAUAUAUGAAUACCAGUGCCCAGUCCCUGAACCACAUUCUUGGGGAUCUUGAGACUUUUCCAACAGAACGUGGGCAAAAUAUGUCGCAAAGUAUUCAAGAUACGCGGCACUUUCUUGGUCUCGACGAGGUCGUUGCUUGUCCCGUUCAAGACUAUCAUCUUGAUAAGCAUAUUCUCGGAAAGCAAUCGCUGUGGGGUUUGUGGCAAAAGCAAGUGGUACCAAAUGAAAUAUGCAAACACAAGACGUUUUGUAUCGCUCUGAUUUCUUCCUCAUCAUUCCGAUACGGAGUAAGGGGAAGCGCAUCGACAGGUGAUGAAAUGACCGUGGAUGAUAUUGUUGCUAUUGCACCACUCUUGGAACCAGUCUACCACUUGGGAAAGAUCAAUGAUUAUGCUAUUCAACGACUAAAUAGCAGUCUGAAUAUUGAUUCAAAUCAACAUCAUCACACGUUGCCAACCUUUGUCAUGGCAGGAGAGCUUGACGAAAAGGGUGACUACGACUUUUACACGCAUGGACGUGAUCUUAAGUAUAUUCUUCCAGAGUUGGAGAGAUUGUUCGUCAAGGAUGUGGAACCAAAGACUACUGGCGACAAAGAUACAUUAUACUGGCUACGUUAUGCUCAAGACACAUGGCUCUGUCCUGGUAUGCUAAAGAACACCAAGGUCGAGCCAUGGUUCCAAAAUGAGAAGGCAUUAGAGCUUGAGAAGGAUGACGUCAUUGAUCUAGAUGACGAAGAUGUUGAAGAGGAUGAGGAUGAGGAGGAAUGGGUACUUCCCGACGAUGGAUACUAUGGGUAUUCUCCUGGUGGAGAACAUAAAGUCAAACACCCAGGAGAAGGUUUAGUGGACAAGCCCAAGGGCCCAACAUCUGCAGAAUUGCUGCAACAGCGCGCUGAAGCUGCCAAGCAAAGGCGCGAGAAGAAUGCAAAAGCCCGAAGGAAAGCCCGCAAUAUUGCUGGGGUUAUAUUUGGCGCGCUUGUCCUUUGCGUGCCUUUGUAUUACAUCGGGAGAACCAUUGUUGGUGCAGAAGAGGAGAAGGAAGAUUUCUAUGAUCGUAAGGAGUUGAAAGCAUUCAAGAAAAACAAGAUGAAGCCCAUGCAAAUAGAGCUUACGUAA